AUGGCUGCCGCCGGCCCAGAAGAAAACUGUCUGACAGUGCCGGCGGCAGCCCUACCCAAGUCUUCGUCAAUUUUGCCACAGCCAUCAGCUCCCGUCAGAGGGAGGCCUAAGAAGUGUCUGGUCUAUCCGCAUCCGCCGAAGAGCUCCCGCCUGUCCCGGUCUGUCCUGCGCUGGCUCCAAGGCCUGGAUCUCAGCUUCUUCCCCAGGAACAUCAACAGGGAUUUUUCAAAUGGCUUCCUGAUAGCAGAAAUAUUUACUAUAUAUUACCCCGGAGACCUUAAUUUGUUAUCCUUUGAAAAUGGAACUUCUUUAAAAGUCAAGUUGGAUAACUGGGCACAGUUGGAAAAGUUCCUGGCCAAAAAAAAAAUUAAACUACCUAAAGAACUAAUCCAUGGAACGAUUCACUGUAAAACCGGAGUACCUGAAAUACUGAUACAAGAGGUUUACACCUUAUUAACACAUCGAGAAAUUAAAAGUAUCCAGGAUGACCUCGUGAAUUUCACAGACUAUAGUUACCAGAUGCGUUUGCCCCUGGUUCCCAGGUCUACAGCUUCAAAGUUUAUUAAAGAUAACAUUAGGUUAUCAGAAUUAUUAAGUAAUCCCAACUUGCUCAGCAAUGAACUUAAAAUCGAUUUCCUCUUCCUUUUACAAAUGUUACAAAGAAAAUUAAGCAGAAAAUUAAAUCCAAAAUGGUUUGAUGUCAAACCCACAGUGGGAGAAUUUACUCUUGAUCAUCAUCCUGCCCAAGCCUCUGGGUAUAAAUAUAAAUCAAUGAUUUCAAGGCAAAAACUUGCUCCUGUUUUAUCAAAUACAGGUAAUGGUGGCAAUUCACUUAAAACAAUUCAUGUGAAGCAAGCUGGAACACCUUUUGAAUCUGCUACAAAACCUCUCAAAGAUGGAAAAGUGACCUUGAAAAGCACCAGGCUUUGA